AAUAGGUAUUUUCAUAUUAAAGGAAAUCAGUAAAAGAAAAAAGAAAAAAGAAAAGAGCCAACUUCAGCCGCUAUCGGCAACUUUCUCCCUCACAAACGCUCUCUCAACGGUUUCCCCUCACGUCAACAGCGCCGGCGCCCGGCCCUCACGCCACUGCCGACCGUUUCUCCACGCCGCCGCUCGCAGAUAAGCGGAAUACCCGCACAUCCCGCCGCUGUUUUCAGCUGCCUGCCAUCGCUGCCACACCCCGCCGCUGCCGCCGCCAGUUCCCAAGUGGUGGUUGGAGUUGGCGUUACGUAUUGGGUAAUUUUGGUAAGAAUCAAGGCUUUAAAACCGUUGUUGGAUUCACUUAUAUUGCUGUAAUGCGGUUCCGAUUUAUUAUUGGGGGGUUUGAAGCGGAGCGGGAUCAAAGAGCGACUUGGGUAAGUUGUUUAAGUAUUUGAAGAUGAUUUUUUUGAUGCAGUUUAGGACCUAAAAGUCGGAGCUAAUUUAAAUCUAUGGUUUAGAACUUUGAUCGAGGUUCCCUAAGCUGAGGAAAAUUUUAUUUUGUGGGAAUUGGAAAUUAAUGUGAGGUAAGAGAUCUUACUGUAUGAAUGCCUUAAAGGCAAGAUUGGUUGUUUAUUUUAUGUUAGUCAUGAAUCAUGAUCCAUGUAUUUUAAAUUUUAUGAAUUUGAAUGUCAUGUUAUGUGUGUCAUGGAUGUGAAGAUAGAUGUAAUUUUGGAUGAACGAUAUGUUAUGUUUCACACAUUGUGAAACUGAUUUUCUAUGUGGGACCUCAUGCAUGUGUGAAUGUUCAUUUAAGUUAAUUUCCUUCAUUUUUCCUUCAUGCGUUAACUACAUGAGAGAAGUGCAUGUUUAGUGGCUCUAGUGCAUAAAAGUGAUUUACUUGGGUUGGUAUGUUUGAAAAUGAUGCAUACUUAACCAGCCAGUUAGCCGUAGGGUGUGAAAGUGAUGCAUGUCUAGUGGGUUAUAUGUCUAUGAAAAUGAUGUAUAUAGUACUAUGGGUACGAAAGUGUUGUACAUCCAAAUAUAUAUAUUUGGACAUGAGAGAGGAAACUAUAGAAAGGAAGUUUAGGUCCCACCACAACCAUGAAAACCUAGUCAUGUUGCAUGUAUUUGCGCAUAUCCUGAACCCAAUAGUGGGUCUCUUACUGAGUAUUUUUAAUACUCUCCAUUUUCAAAAUCUUUUCUUUUUCAGGAUUCUAUAAGCUGCAUAACAAGGUUGUCUACUGAUGGUGCCACAGGACUAGAGUCGUUGUCUUCUGCUUUUGUCCAUGUUUUAUCUUAAAUUUUUAUUUCUGUACAGUCGUUGAAGUUUCCAACUAGCAACUUUAUAAAUUAUUUUGCAAAGUUUAAUGUUUUACUAGUUUUUCAAUGGGAUCCCAGUUAUAAAGUUUUUAGUAUUUAAUGGAAAAAUAUUUCUCAUCACGUCUUUUCUCAAGUGAUUUCAAAAGAAGUUUAGCAUGUGUGGAGUAAUGCCCCAGUAAGUUAAGUUAAGAGACGUUACAAUGUGAAUACUUUGUAAAUGAGUAAAUGAAAUCUUGUGUAAUUUGUUUUGUAAUUCUGGAUAGAACUGAAAAUUUACAAACUUAUGAACAAAAUAGACAUACGCAUUUAAUUUCACUGCUAAAAUUUGUAUUUUACUUAUUAAUAUUUUGUUCAAUUUGCAUUGUUUGUUAACGUGCCUUAUGAAAUCUUUCGUAAUUUGUUUUAUAAUUUUGGAUAGAACUGAAUUUUAUGAACAAAAUAGACAUACACGUAAUUGCACAACUCAAUUUUGUAUUUUACUUGCUAAUAUUUUGUUCAAUUUGCACUGUUCGUUAAUUUGGCUUAUUAAUUGAGUGUGGUUUGAUUUGCUUCGUUGUAGGGUUAUAGUUGGGAUGCUUGUGGCUUUGCUUGUUACACUGGUGUACUACGACUUGCUGUGACUGUAGGACUGAUUCACUUCAAAUACAAUUCUUAUCCAUUUUCUUGAGUUAUUUUUUUCCUUUUCUCUUUCUUCGUUCUUUGGCAUUUUUCAAACAAAAUGAGAAAGAACCUUUAGGCUUCUGAAGAACUUUGCGUAGAAAUGGGAGGUUGACAGAAGGAGCAUUUUUUUCUUUUGUAAGCCUACGCAUUUUCGUAUGGUCCACUCUAACAGUACCUCUUUCCUUCUUUCUUCUCACUGCCAUUGUUUCACCAACACCAAUCCAUCCAGUUUCAAAGUGCUCUUAAUCGUUAUUUCCUAUCUUAUAUAGGAUUGUUGUGUCGCCAUUAUUAAAAGGCGGCAUUUCUAGUUUUCUUUUUCUUUUUCAAUCUUCAUUGUUAUGAUACAUCACUAUUGUGGUUCAUAUCUUAAUCGAGUCCUCAGCACUUCAGUUCAAUUCUAUUCUACCUCUACAAUUUCUCCUCCCACCAUUCCCUUCAUCUCCAUCUUGAAACAAUGCAAGACCUUGAUCAAUGCGAAGCUUGCUCACCAGCAAAUUUUUGUCAAUGGCUUCACGGAGAUAAUCAGCUAUGCCGUUGGCGCCUACAUUGAGUGUGGUGCUUUUGUAGAAGCUGUAACACUCCUCCAACGUCUCAUUCCGUCACAUUCCACUGUUUUUUGGUGGAAUGCACUGAUUCGACGUUCUGUGAGACUUGGUUUCCUUGAUGAUACAUUGGGUUUUUAUUGUCAGAUGCAGAGGCUCGGGUGGUUGCCUGACCAUUACACCUUUCCUUUCGUUCUCAAGGCCUGUGGUGAGAUACCGUCGUUUCGAUGUGGUGCUUCAGUUCACGCCAUAGUUUGUGCAAAUGGGUUCGAAUCGAACGUAUUUAUUUGUAAUUCACUUGUGGCUAUGUACGGGCGAUGUGGGGCAUUGGGUGAUGCACGUCAAGUGUUUGAUGAGGUGCUUGAAAGAAAGAUAGAGGACAUUGUGUCUUGGAACUCAAUUCUUGCUGCUUAUGUACAAGGUAGGGAGUCAAAAACUGCCCUUAGAAUUGCUUUUCGAAUGGCUAACCACUACAGUUUUAAACUUCGCCCAGAUGCAAUUACGCUUGUGAAUAUUCUUCCUGCUUGUGCGUCAGCAUUUGCACCUCAACAUGGUAAGCAGGUACAUGGAUUUUCAAUACGAAGUGGAUUGGUGGAUGAUGUAUUUGUAGGCAAUGCUCUCGUGGAUAUGUAUGCCAAAUGCUCGAAGAUGAAUGAGGCGAACAAGGUGUUUGAGCGGAUGAAGGAGAAGGACGUGGUUUCUUGGAAUGCUAUGGUCACUGGGUAUUCUCAGAUCGGUAGCUUUGAUAGUGCUCUCUCCUUGUUUAAGAGGAUGCAAGAGGAAGAUAUUGCGUUAGAUGUUGUAACGUGGAGUGCUGUAAUUGCUGGGUACUCUCAAAGGGGGCAUGGUUUUGAAGCCCUUAAUGUAUUUAGACAAAUGCAGCUUUGUGGUUUGGAGCCCAAUGUUGUUACUCUUGUGUCUCUUCUUUCAGGUUGUGCUUCUGUGGGAGCAUUGCUUCAUGGAAAGCAAACACAUGCGUAUGCCAUAAAAAACAUUCUCAACUUGGAUUGGAGAGAUCCAGGGGAUGACUUGAUGGUUCUCAAUGGUCUAAUUGAUAUGUAUGCUAAAUGCCAAAGCUACAGAGUUGCUCGCAACAUUUUUGACUUGAUAGCAGGAAAAGACAAGGAUGUGGUGACUUGGACUGUGAUGAUUGGUGGGUAUGCUCAGCAUGGGGAAGCCAAUGAUGCAUUGGAACUUUUUGCUCAAAUAUUUAAACAGGAGACCUCUUUAAAGCCUAAUGCCUUUACUUUAUCAUGCGCAUUGAUGGCUUGUGCGCGUUUGGGUGCAUUAAGGCUUGGAAGACAACUCCACGCCUAUGCUUUGCGCCAUGAAAAUGAGUCUGAGGUUUUAUAUGUAGCCAAUUGCCUCAUUGAUAUGUAUUCCAAAUCGGGGGAUAUUGAUGCUGCUCGGGCUGUGUUUGACAACAUGAAAGUACGGAAUUCCAUUUCUUGGACUUCUUUGAUGACGGGGUAUGGCAUUCACGGUUGUGGUGAAGAAGCUUUGCAUGUUUUUGAUCAAAUGCGGCAAGCGGGUUUUGUAGUUGAUGGCAUUACCUUUCUUGUUGUUUUAUAUGCUUGUAGCCAUUCUGGAAUGGUGGAUCAAGGCGUGAACUACUUCAAUGGUAUGAUCAAGUGCUUUGGGGUUACCCCUGGAGCAGAACAUUAUGCAUGUAUGGUUGAUCUCUUGGGCCGUGCAGGUCGUCUUAAGGAUGCAAUGGGACUCAUUAAAAGCAUGCCAAUGGAGCCGACUGCAGUUGUAUGGGUGGCACUACUAAGUGCUAGCAGAAUCCAUUCGAAUAUUGAGCUCGGGGAAUAUGCAGCAAGCAAAUUGAUAGAGUUAGGGGCAGAGAAUGAUGGUUCGUACACAUUGCUUUCGAACUUGUAUGCAAAUGCACGACGUUGGAAAGACGUAGCUAGAAUCAGGUCAUUGAUGAAGCAUACGGGGAUCAAGAAGAGACCGGGAUGUAGUUGGAUACAAGGGAAGAAAAGCACUACAACCUUCUUUGUGGGUGAUAGAAGUCAUCCAGAAUCAGACCAAAUAUACAACCUUCUCUCUGAGUUGAUUAAACGGAUCAAAGACAUCGGAUAUGUUCCUCAAACGAGCUUUGCUCUUCAUGAUGUUGACGAUGAAGAGAAAGGUGAUCUCUUGUUUGAGCAUAGUGAGAAGUUGGCUGUUGCAUAUGGGAUUUUAACAUCAGCUCCAGGGCAGCCCAUUCGAAUAAACAAGAACUUGCGCAUUUGCGGCGAUUGCCACAGUGCCUUAACCUACAUUUCCAUGAUUAUUGACCAUGAGAUCAUAUUGAGAGACUCGAGUAGGUUCCAUCAUUUUAAGAAAGGCUCAUGUUCUUGCAGAAGCUAUUGGUGAUAGAAAAAUUUCAUAUAUUAAUAUAACUUAAAAGUAAUCAUUCGUUUGAGUUUCUUCUCAAAUUCAAAUUGGCUUCCCAUAUUCAUAAUGUAGAAUUUCAUCUAUAGGUAGUAGCACUAUUUGGUUGUUGAGUUAGGGGUUGCUAUAUUGAAUGGAAGCACCACUACUUUUCAUUACAUUUUUAUGUUGUCGCUCAAAAUUUUGAUUCCCAACACUUUUCCCUAUUUCCUUUUAACAUUUUUCAGACUCC